GCUGUCGCCCCAGGCUGCCCGCGGGGACAGGACGGGGAUGCCAGGGCCCCGCUGACCGCCGCCGCCGGCUCGUCCACUCGUCCGAGGUCGCGUCCGAUCCCGCGGCCUGGAGUCGGAGCGGCGGCGCCGGAGUCGCGCCCGCGCAUGGACGCGCCGGGGGACCCCGAGGGCCCGCGCCCCCCGGGAGGUGACCGAGAGCUCGCGGACGCGCCUGGGGACUGGGCUUCGCUGUGGUUUGGUGACGGCCGUCUGGCAGGUGUGAGAGAGACAGCCCGGUGGCUUUCAAGAGACCAGCUGUUCGUGCUGAUAUCCACGGCGUCCCUGAACUUGGGUUCCAUGAUGUGCUACUCUAUCCUUGGACCCUUUUUCCCGCAGGAGGCAGAAAAGAAAGGAGCCAGCAAUACAGUUAUUGGUAUGAUCUUUGGAUGUUAUGCUUUGUUUGAGUUGGUGGCAUCUUUGGUAUUUGGAAAAUACCUUGUACAUGUUGGAGCAAAAUUUAUGUUUGUAGCAGGAAUGUUUGUCUCAGGAGGAGUUACAAUUCUCUUUGGUGUGUUGGACCAAGUUCCAGAAGGACCAAUAUUUAUUGCUAUGUGUUUUCUAGUGAGAGUAACAGAUGCAAUAAGCUUUGCGGCCGCAAUAACCGCGUCAUCUUCUGUCCUCGCAAAGGCCUUUCCAAAUCAUGUGGCUACAGUAAUGGGGAGUCUUGAGAUUUUCUCUGGACUGGGACUAGUGCUCGGGCCUCCAUUAGGUGGCUUCUUGUAUCAAUCCUUUGGCUACGAGAUGCCUUUUAUUUUUCUGGGAUGCGCACUUCUGCUGAUGGUUCCUCUCAACAUGUGUAUUUUACCUAAUUAUGAGUCUGCUCCAGGUAAGCACUCGUUCUGGAAGCUCGUCACUUCGCCCAAGGUCGCCCUCAUAGCCUUCGUCAUCAACGCACUCAGCUCGUGCUUUGGCUUCCUCGAGCCCACUCUGUCUCUCUUUGUUGUGGAGAAGUUUAAUUUGCCAGCUGGAUAUGUGGGACUGGUAUUCCUGGGUUUGGCUCUAUCCUACACCAUUUCUUCACCACUCUUUGGCCUUCUGAGCGAUAAAAUGCCGCAUCUAAGAAAAUGGCUUCUGGUUUUUGGAAGCUUAAUCACAGCGGGAUGCUACAUGCUUUUAGGACCUGUCCCAGUCUUGCACAUUAAAAGUCAGCUCUGGCUGCUGGUGCUGGUAUCAGUCAUAAACGGCAUCUCUGCUGGAAUGAGUAUAUUUCCAACUUUCCCCGAGAUUCUCGACUGUGCAUAUGAAAAUGGGUUUGAAGAAGGAUUAAGCACACUGGGACUUGUGUCUGGUCUCAUUAGUGCAAUGUGGUCAGUUGGUGCUUUUGUGGGACCGACACUGGGUGGAUUUCUGUAUGAGAAAAUUGGUUUUGAAUGGGCAGCUGCUGUGCAAGGUCUGUGGGCUCUGACAAGUGGCCUAGCGAUGGGCUUGUUUUACCUACUGGAGCACUCCAGGAGGAGGAGAUCUAAACUUCAAAACAUCCUUGGCACAGACGGGGAACGAGCUGCUCUCCUGCCUGAUGAAAGCCAGCCUUAAGAGUCCCGGGUUGCUACAGGGGAGGGAGAUGCACACUCCUGGCCUGGAACAUCAAAGUUGGAAGGGUUUUCUUAAUUUUACGCACAAAACUCCAUGGACCCCACACCAGGAUCGUGGACGUGUUCAUGUAUUUUUGGAUGAUCCUGUGUUGGGCUGCACCUACUGUUGUCCUGAAAAGCUGCUUUGCCGAACUAGCCAUAUUUGAAACAUGAAGUAUGAGAAGAAUACUUGAAAAUCAGCAAACGUUGGUGUUUUUAAGGGCCUAGACUUGGCCUUGAAGAUGUUACUGAUUCUAGGUCUUCUGCUUCCUCUCUUUACUUUUUAUUCGACGUGCACUGAUUCUGUGAAUGUGACUUUUCUUAUUAACAGGGAAAGAAACGAAUAGAUUUGAUAUGCUUAAAAAUUACAGAAAGGUGACUCAAAAUAUACAAAAUAAUUGCUAUGAAAUAAGUUUUUUUAAAAGAUGUGCUUUCUCUUUUCUCAAAAGAUUUUUUGAUCAAGAGAUUUUUAUUCUGGUUCAAAAGACAAAAUUCCAGCCUCCUAUGCAAAAAUUAGAGCAGUCCCUGGCCCUCAGCUCUUCUACAAAUUUUGUUUGCGGGAAAGCGACAAGAAUAACAUUUCUUAACACUUCCAUUUUUGUAACAUACUUUGAAUUAUGAUCUGGAUUUAUAAACAAUGCUUGGUAUAACCUCA